AUGACAAAAGAAGUAAGUUUACAAUUGUGUUAUAUUACACUAUUGCUCAUUUCAGGAAUUGAUAAAGAAAUGGAAUAAAACGGCUGAGGACGACCUUCUUCAUGACGAUUAUAGCGAUUUCCUGUCAUUGAAUCGCGGUCUUCAGAGUUACAUUGUAAGUUAUCCUCUUAUUUUUUUAUUUCCUUUAGGAUACCAAUGACAAAUUAUGCGAGCCAUCCUUCCGAUCUCAAGUUGCUCUUCUGAACGCCUCUCUUCUUCAUCAAUUUAACGGUUGUUUUGUGUUCUUUGAUACGGAACGAGCCAAGCAAUGUUUAACCCGGUUCGAUUAUCUAAUCGGACUUUCCACAACACUUGAGAAGACGAAAUCUUUGAUCAGUUUUCAGUCGUAUGCCAAAUCUUGUUUUUACUACAGACUCGGUGAUUAUCAUUUAGCUACUUUACUGAGAACAGUGAGUUUAUGAUUUUUUUUUAUUCUUAAUUCCAUCUUUAGAAUGCUGAAACCGUUGAUCAGACCCAUCUUUGCAUUGUUGUUACGUGUUACGCCUUUGGAUUGCAUCAUCUUACAAAUGGCAAGGCAGUGGCAGAUCUUAAAACCGUCGCUGAGAGGCUGAAUUUGCUGGAAUUAGUAUUACUCAUCAAUGGAAAUCUCAAAUACAUCGGUGGACAAAAAGUUCUCAGAGAUUUCAUCAAAAGCGAGGAUGUAAGUUAUAUUAUACUUGAUGGAUAAUGCCUUUCAGCUUGUCUCGAAGGUAAUGAGGAGUGCAUUCUUCAACAAGUCCCAAUUCUAUCCUACCAACAACGACAAAUCAUUUAUAAUCUCAGAUGUUGCUGAUCUCUCCGAGAAGUUUAGUCUUCCGUCCGUCGAUUGUCUCAAAUUGUUACCAGAAAUCUGGAAUGCCCGAAAAUACAAGUCAUUCCUUAACCGAUUCUUAUGGAUCAUGUAUAACAUUCAGCCAAUCCACAAAGGUAAGUCCAAUUGUUAUAUUGUUUCACGCUUUAGAUGACUUCCUCGACGGAGUCGGAAAUAUCCAAAAGCUCCCCGGGGACCUGAAUAUGGGGUUUGAUAUGAGGAAUUUUUCGAUUUUGGAUCUGAAGGUAAGUACAAAGUUAUUGUUUAUAUAGUAGGAAAUGUUUUAGUUGUUGAUAUUCCGGCUCUCGGAUCAUUUCCACAGAAGUCUGAACAAUUCGGUGUUACAUGGAAAAGGAGUUCAUCUUCCUUCCCAUUUCUAUCCAUUACUUCACAAACAAGUAAUCAGAUUAUGGAAUAUCCUCAAUAAUAUUUGUGAUGGCGACUCGAAAAAGAAGUAAAUCCCAUUUUAUUUGGUUAAUUUGUGUUUAGAAUCCAAAAAACAGAUGAGAUUCACUUUACGACAGCCUUGGAAGAGGUCCGAAUGGAUGUUGUCUAUAUCUCGGAUAAGAUCGGACUUGUGAAUUCGACUGUAUAUUUGGGAGAAAAGGCGAAGAAAGCGUCGACUCCAGAGGAAACCAACGCCUAUAUCACGUUGUUCGAUCGGUAUUGGCAAGUCGCCAUCUCUGCGGUGACCAAUCAACCCUAUUCCGAACAACCCUCCAGCUUCUUCCCGGUCAUAAAAAGUCACUCCCCAAAUAUUAUUGAUGAUGAUCUUCUGGAAUUCAAAGUAAAAUUAAUCAGGGCGGAAGUCUUGUUGGUCAAAGGCGACAAAUUAGCAGCUGAAGAGAUUGUGAGUGGAAUCAAAGACGAGUUCAAAGAGAAUGAACAUGUCGUGAGGGUCAAGGGAAUCAUAAAACAUGUAAGUUUAGAUUGACUUAGAAUUGAUUGUGAUCUUUUAUUAGAUGCAGGUCACUGUGAGUCCAAACACAAGUGCAUCCCAAUUCAAUUCGACCAUUCUGACUUAUGAUACCCUCGAUGACUCGUUUAUGACUGCACAGUGCAACCUCAGCGUGAGUUCUGCUAGUAGCAAUGGCACGUUGGAAAAGGUGAGAUAUUAAAACUUUACAUUUCUGGAAUCAUUUUCAAUGAUGAUGACCACGAAUUGUUUUCAGAGUUCAUCCGGUUUUCAAAUAAUUGACCAUCCCGACAAGAAGUCUUCGGAAACACAAAAACGCCAAGAAUUUCUGAACAAGAAACACGAGAGACUGAUAGGAGUCAUGGAUAAUCAUUUGGCCAAGGUUCGUCUCGAAUUGGAGCAGAUCAAAAGGUACGCCGCCGCUCUGAGCUCUAUGAACUAA